AUGGGACAAUCCGGAGUUUCUAGUGUGCUUGUGUGGUGUCACUCUAAUUUUCCUAUCUCUUGGUCUGGGGCAGAGGGCGUGGCCAUUGGCCCAUGUGACACGCCGCCCUCCUCGCAGGCGAAGAGACUCCUCAGCGGCCUCAACAACAACAACAACGACAAGGAAGGGAGACAAGAGGAAGCCCGCCUGCCUGCUUACUUGGUAGGGCGGGUGGGAGGGAUGGCAGAGGCCGUGAAGCCCCGGAGUCGGGCCAAGACCAGCCGGGGCAGAGCCAAGGAAAAAAAGAAAAAAUGUGAAGAGGAGGAGAGAGUUGUGUCUCAGCUGUCCAUUCUGGGUCCAAUUGGAGAUCAAGAAGGACCUUCUCAGUCCAGUGACACCCAUGUGGAACACCUUCCAGAGCCCAGGCUCUGUCAUGAAGCUACUGAGAGAGAAAAUGCAAAUGAUGCCUGCGAUGCCCCACCAAACGCGGCAACCCUAGAAAAUGAAGGAUCGCCAGAAACUACUGUAUCAGAGUCCCCAAUCAAGGAGGAAGAAUUUGCAGCAAGAGCUGUACGGGAGGCAAAAAAUCUUGGGGAAAACCCAGUGAACCCUCAGAGCCUCACUGAAGCAGUUGUUAUGGAAAGUUCAACCUGCCCCAUACCGGAAAAUAAUGCAUUUUGCACGGCUUCUCCCAUGGGAAAUGGGCAUGAGACGGAAGCUGGGAAUGUACACAGCGAAAAACAGUAUCUUUCCCAUUCUUCAGAAGACGUUCUUGCCACCGUCUCUGUCCCCAGCAAAGAUAUCGGCGAACACCUUCGGAACUCUGGUUUCAAAACUCUUUAUCCGGAACUCCCAUUGGAGUUAUUCGGAGAGCGGCUGCAGCUCCCAAAGGAGAGGCUGUAUCCUGAGAUCCCAGUGGAACCAGAGCUGGUGCCUUUUACCAGAGAGCAGCUGAAGGUCUUUGAGCCCUGUUCCUGGUUGGAGAAUGUCGAUUCUUAUGCGGAGGAGUUUGGGACCAUUGUGCACCAGGAGAGGCACGAGUUCUUUGAGUUGCUGUUGAACUACUGGUGCUGUCGCAAGCAGUUGCUUCUCGCCGAGGCUGAGCUGCAGACCAUCGCCUCGGAUUGCCAAAGCGUCAGAGGCCGGCUGUGGACUUUCAAGGACGAGCAGCAAUCCGUCCAGGGUGUCUGUGUUGAUCAGUGCAAAGUGUCCGGCCGCCAUUGUUACCAAACCGUUGAGCUGAAUGAAGGUGCCUUGGGAGACCUGAAGAGGCUCUUUGAAGCCCAAGCUGAGCAUGUGCACCAGACGCUGGCCUUGCACUUGUACACCUCUGUGUUGUCCCGCCUGCAGGUGGAGUCUUACAUCUGUGGAUUGCUACAUCGCUCUUCCUUGCUGAGGUCUGUGGGCAUUCAGCAACAGGAGCCAGUACUGAAACAAGCAAAAGACAUUUCCUCAGAUGUGGGCCCCUUGAAGGAAUGCAUCAGCGUUCUCUUCAGUUUUACCCGCCGAGUUGUUGAAGAUCCUCAGUUUGAGAGAGAUGUCCUCUCGUGGCUUCAGAGGCUGGUGGCCGUCUUGCAAAAGGUUGGCUCUCCAGGGGACCAUCUUUUCCUCUUAAACCACAUCCUUCGCUGCCCAGCCGGUGUCAGCAAAUGGGCUGUUCCAUUCAUUCAGAUCCAGGUUCGGGGUAACCCAUCCAGCGUCUUUCAUUUUAUGCAGUCCCUUGCUUUGCUUAUGUCUCCUGCCAAGAAUCGAGCGGAGUUUAUGUGCCACAUGAAGCCAAGCGAACGGAGGACCUCCUCCUCAUCAGGGAAGGAAUCUGGAAACUGGACUUUAGUUGAUGAAGGAGGAGAAGAGGAUGAAGAUCCUGAUACUGGCUGGGUUCUUCUUCUGGAAGAUGACUUAAUUGCACUGCUGUCCCAGUUCCCCUUUCAUGAACUCUUCCAGCAUAUCCUUGGAUUUGAUUCUCAAGGCAUUUAUGUUCCAGAAAAAACCACCCCCCAAGAGAUGAUGAAAAUAUUUGCGUUCGCGAACUCUUUAGUGGAACUUCUUGCUGUGGGACUGGAAACAUUCAACAGAGCCCGUUACAGGCAGUUUGUGAAACGGAUCGGCCGCCUCAUCCGGAUGACCCUUUGCUAUGUGAGUGAUCACUGGGCGCAGUAUGCCGGCCAUGCUAAAGACUGUGGCUAUGCAACACACUCUUACUCUGUCGAGAAACUGCAAGUGGAGUUUGAUGAGCUGUUUCUGAGGGCUGUGCUCCAUGUUCUGAAAGCAAAAAGGCUCAGGGUGUGGCUGUUUAUGUCUGAGAUGCCAUAUGGGACCCUGUCCAGUAAUAUGCUCUGGAAGCUCUUCUCCAUCAUGCACUGCGCAGAAAGCGAGAACUUGGAGAAGUUAGGUGCCACGGUGCAGCUCGCAGACUGCAAAUGCAAACUCAAAGACCCAGCCCACCUGGCGAGUUUUGAGAAGUAUCUCCAGUCCAUGAACGGCUCUGAGGAGAUCUGCCUGCUGACGACGUUUGCCCAGAUGGCUCAGACGAAACGGGGUGAUGUGGACCAGGACUUUGUCAAAGUCAUUGUGCUGGAGAUCUACGAGGAUGUAUGAAUCCAUCCUCUCCUGAGGUCACCAAGGAAUUGCACAGCCAAGACAUGCCAAGCGAACCUUGCAGCUUGGUACUUAGUGGAGGGGAGGGAUAUAUUAAUCUCCGCAUAGGAGAUGACACAGAUGACCGCUAUGGCGACUUGCUGCUCCUGAACCCUCGCUUACGUCGAACUGAACGAAGCCAUCUCAUUGUCUGGCAGGUGCAAGCCUGAGGCUAUGGUGGUGGGCACAACCACUAUUUUAGGGUGGAAUGGCACCGUUCUGGCCUACGAGGGGAUUGCACAAUUGAUAGAUGCUGGUGUUGUCUUCCCAUCACUAUCUCCUGCCCUCUUUCCCCAUGUGGUUAACCCUCAGGUGUCUGUAGGGUUGGGGUAAUGACUUUUGCAGUGUUUUCAGGCUGAUGAUUGUGGAGGAGAACAUCAGAAUGCCAGGAUCUGUUUUGUGAACAGGCUCGAUGAAGGGAUCUGCAACUGGUGGUUCCUCUGGCCCUCCUUUUAUCAUUGUUUCCACUGCUUUGAAAUGGGAGCAGUGUGCCACUUUGCAAUAUGUUGGUCUACUGCUAUAUGGACUACUCCCACAUCAAAUCCUGCUGUGUUAACUCCUCCUUGUGCUGUGCAGCAGCAUACCUCUUAUGGCCCAGGUGGUUGGGAGCUAAGAAGAUACAGUUUCCCAGGUAAUGUUAGAAUGGUAGAGACCUCUAUUACUAGUUGGGAAUGAAGAAAGUAGGUCCAGAGAGUUGGAACCCAAAAGGCUGAGAACCAAGACUCCUGGGGUUUCUUUGCAAAAGGAGCAGCAUCCAAGUGCAUUGGAGUUACAACUCUUCCCAUUUCUGGCUCCCACUUUUGAGUGUGAUUUCCUGAUGCACUUUUGAUUCUACGGGUUGGGACAGGAGGACAAGACACAGAAUCUAGAACUACUGGCACAGAGUUGUUGAAGCCUGUCAGUGUAAACCACAGCACUACUUGGAGAAACCUGAAGGGGGAGCUCUUUCCUGCUGUGCUGCCUUCACUUUGGAAGUCAAAUAUUGAUUGGUUGGUUCCUGGUGCUGUUGUGUUAACCAGAUCCUGGCUGCAGCUUUGGAAUGAUGCUGGGGCCAGCCAGCCAGGGCUGUGGAGUCGGUACGCCAAACCUUCGACUCUGACUGCUCUAUUUUUCUACUGUCCGACUCUGACUCCAUCCAAAAUUGCUUCCGACUCCAACUCCACGACUCCACCUCCACAGCCCUGGAAAGCACUGUAAAUGUCUUUUUAAAUUGGAAGCUCUCGUAGGAGCAUUUUUAUCGCUGCCUGAAUAUGCGCUGAUCUUGGCAUCACAGCGUUUGUCUUCAUCUGGGUCCUGUGUCAUACACUGACACCCAAAAUGUUUUCCAUCUUGAGUUAUGGUGAAAUGUUCAACUACAGCUGACUUCAUGGGAAGCUUCUUUGACAUUGUGAAUUUAUAUUUUAAAAAAUUUGUCAAUCAAAAUUUAUUUUGAAGUCGGAGUCAGUACAUUUCUACCGCCUCUGCCUCCAACUCCACCCAACAUUGACUCCGCCUCCACAGCCUGCAGCCAGGGCACCUGCCUUGCUGUUUCUCAGGGUUGCUGUUUGUCUGUCUCAGUAAGGGUGAGUGUCUCUGGCAGCAUCUCAGGAUCUAUUUCUGUGGGUUGGUUUCUCAAUAAAGCUAUUAUUAUUAUUAUUAUUA